GGCCGUGCAGUCGGACAUGAAGCAUUGGCCCUUCAAGGUGAUCAAUGCUGAGGGUGGUAAGCCAAAGGUACAGGUGGAGUAUAAAGGAGAGACGAAGACGUUCACGCCCGAGGAGAUCUCAUCGAUGGUACUGACCAAGAUGAAGGAAACCGCUGAGGCGUUCUUGGGCAACCCAGUCAAGGAUGCAGUGGUGACCGUGCCGGCUUAUUUCAACGACUCGCAGCGUCAAGCCACCAAGGAUUCCGGAGCGAUUGCCGGUCUGAAUGUGCUGCGUAUCAUCAACGAACCCACUGCUGCGGCUAUCGCCUACGGAUUGGACAAGAAGGUACCCAGUUUAGACAUUGUUUUCUUUGAUUUUGGAUCUGGUGAACGUAAUGUGUUGAUUUUCGACUUGGGCGGUGGAACGUUCGAUGUGUCAAUUCUGACGAUCGAGGACGGUAUUUUUGAAGUGAAGUCG